UGUUUAAACUAUGGCGGAGAAAGCUCAAAAGACCCUCUUUCUGUUAGCGAAAUUAGUAAAGGUUCCUCCGUUAAAGGCUUUCACUCUAUUGAAUUCAUCGAUAUUUCAUGGAGUUCAACACACACAUGAAUCCUUCUCAAUUCUUCUUCGUCUCCUUCUAUCUGGGAACCUAUUCUCUCACGCUCAAUCGCUUCUGCUUCAAGUUAUCUCUGGGAGAAUCCAUUCCCAAUUCUUUACUUCUUCCUCUCUGUUACAGUACUUGACAGAAUCAGAAAGUUGGAAAACCAAGUCUCGACUCUAUGAAGUAAUCGUCAAUACGUAUGUUCAAUCUCAAUCCCUGGAGCCCGCGAUCUCUUACUUUAACGAGAUGGUCGAUAAGGGGUUUGUUCCUGGACCGAAUUGCUUCAAUAAUUUCUUGAGUUUCGUUGUUGGGUCGUCUUCUUUCGAAGAAUUCUGGGCUUUCUUCAAUGAGAACAAGAGCAAAGUUGUUCUGGACGUGUACAGUUUCGGGAUUGUGAUUAAAGGCUGUUGCGAAUCUGGGGAAAUUGAGAAGAGCUUUGAGGUUCUUGUUGAAUUAAGAGAGAAUGGGUUUUCUCCAAACGUUGUUAUCUACACUACAUUGAUCGAUGGGUGUUACAAGAAAGGAGAAAUCGAAAAGGCCAAAGCUUUGUUUUCGGAAAUGGGGAAAAUCGGAUUAGUCGCUAAUGAGCGUACUUACACUGUUUUGAUUAACGGGUUAUUCAAAAACGGGAUCAAGAAACAAGGGUUUGAGCUAUACGAGAAAAUGCAGAACGAUGGGGUCUUCCCCAAUCUCUAUACUUACAACUGUGUGAUGAAUCAGCUCUGCAAAGACGGAAGAACAAAAGACGCAUUCAAAAUGUUCGACGAAAUGCGUGCGAGAGGAGUUUCGUGUAACAUUGUUACCUAUAAUACUCUCAUCGGUGGGUUAUGUAGAGAGAUGAAGGCAAGUGAAGCUAAUAAGCUGAUGGAUCAAAUGAAGAGCGAUGGAAUCAACCCGAACUUGAUCACUUAUAACACUUUGAUUGAUGGGUUUUGUAAUGUGGGAAAAUUAGGCAAGGCUUUGAGUUUAUGCAGAGAUUUGAAGUCAAGAGGUAUGUCUCCAUCUCUGGUCACGUAUAAUAUUCUAGUGUCUGGGUUUUGUAAGAAAGGAGAUACUUCAGGAGCAGCAAAGAUGGUUAAGGAGAUGGAAGAAAGAGGUAUUAAACCGUCGAAAGUCACAUACACAAUUCUUAUCGAUACAUUUGCUCGUUCGGAUAACAUGGAGAGAGCGAUUCAGCUUCGAGCUUCGAUGGAGAAACUAGGAGUAGUUCCAGAUGCUCAUACUUAUAGUGUGUUGAUUCACGGGUUUUGCAUCAAGGGUCAAAUGAAUGAAGCGUCGAGGCUUUUUAGGUCGAUGGUAGAGAAGAAGUUGGAACCUAACGAGGUGAUAUACAAUACAAUGAUUCUUGGGUAUUGCAAGGAAGGUAGUUCUUAUAGAGCGUUGAGGUUGCUCAGAGAGAUGGUAGAUAAAGAGUUGGCUCCAAAUGUUGCUAGCUAUAGUAAUUUGAUCGAAGUACUUUGUAAAGAAAGAAACUUGAAAGAAGCUACGGAUUUGGUUGAGAAGAUGAUUGAUUCAGGGAUGGAUCCAUCUGCUUCAAUCUGUAAUAUGAUCUCUAGAGCCCAAAAUGAUUCACCUGUAGCUCAAACAAAUGAUAAGAGCAGUUUCAAUGUGACUUAAAAUUACACAGUUGAUGUGAAGAAUUGUUUUAUUGAUCUUA